ACGAUGCGCUGACGUGAUUACCGCUACCUUUAUGCGGAUGGAGGAGAGCAAUAAUUGACAAUAAACACACAUCGUACGUCUCCGAUAAAUUGCGGGCUACUUGUGCAGCAAAUUUUCCCCAAACAUUAUCAAUGAUACAUCCAUCGGCGUGAGUGGUUGUGUGAAGCUUCGCGGGCGCUGACAGCUGUUCGAACGGGUGAAAUGGAGCACAUCCGGACGCCAAAGGUGGAGCAGGUGCGACUGUUGGACCGCUUCAGCAACAAAUCCACAAAUGGCACUCUGUACCUGACGGCGACGCAUCUCAUCUUUGUGGAGAGCAGCUCAAACAACUCGACGGCUGCCGCUCAGGAGAUUUGGAUUUUGCAUCACCACAUAGCGUCCGUGGAGAAGCUCUCCCUGACCACCACCGGAUGUCCUCUGGUCAUCCAGUGUCGCAACUUCCGCGUGGUUCACUUUGUGGUGCAGAGGGAAAGAGACUGCCACGACAUCUACAGCUCGCUGCUGCGCCUCCUGCGGCCUGUGUCAUACGAGGAGCUCUACGCCUUCUCCUACAACCCCAAACAGAGCGACCGACAGAGAGAGGAAGGGUGGCAGAUCAUCGACCUCGGGGCGGAGUUCGAGAGGAUGGGCGUCCCCUGCGACCAAUGGCAGCUCACCAACGUCAACAGAGACUACAAGGUGUGUGAGACAUAUCCACGGGACCUGUAUGUUCCCAUCACGGCCAGUAAGCCCAUCAUUGUGGGGAGUUCCAAGUUCAGAAGCAAAGGACGCUUUCCUGUUCUCACAUACUUCUACCAAGAAAAGAAGGCGGCAGUGUGUCGAUGCAGUCAGCCUCUCUCUGGGUUCAGUGCGCGAUGCUUAGAGGAUGAGAGCAUGCUGCAGGCCAUCAGCAAGGCCAAUCACAACAGCCGAUUCGUCUACGUCAUGGAUACCAGGCCAAAGUUGAAUGCUCUAGCUAAUCGAGCAGCAGGUAAAGGCUACGAGAACGAGGAUAACUACUCCAACAUCCGCUUUCAAUUUGUCGGCAUUGAAAACAUCCACGUCAUGAGGACCAGCCUGCAGAAAUUGCUAGAAGUGAUCGGGACUCGCUCGGUCUCCAUGAGCGACCACCUGGUGGGGCUGGAGAGCAGCGGCUGGCUGCGGCACAUCAAGGCUGUCAUCGAUGCCGCUAUCUUUCUCAGCAAGGCGGUGACAGUGGAAGGAGCCAGUGUGUUGGUUCAUUGUUCAGACGGAUGGGACCGAACAUCCCAGGUCUGCUCACUGGGGGCGCUGCUCAUGGACCCUUAUUACCGCACUAUCAAGGGCUUUAUGGUACUGAUUGAGAAAGACUGGAUCUCCUUCGGCCACAAGUUUGCAGACAGGUGUGACCAGUUGGACGGGGAUCCAAAGGAAGUGUCCCCCAUCUUCACUCAGUUCCUGGAGUGUGUUUGGCAGCUGACCGAGCAGUUCCCUCAGGCGUUUGAGUUCAGCGACUGGUUCCUGCUGCAGAUCCAUGAACACGUCCACUCCUGUCAAUACGGAAACUUCCUCGGCAACAAUCAGAGGCAGAGGGAGGACUUGCGGCUCAGAGAGCGGACCCACUCCCUUUGGGCAUAUCUGAUGAGCGAAAAACAGAUCUACUCCAACCCGUUCUACAGCGCUGCAUACUCUGAAAGCCACCCUGUGCUGGAGCCCUCCACUCUGCCUCACCACUUCAAGUUCUGGAGGAACAUGUACCACCAGUUUGACCGGUCUAUGCACCCACGCCAGUCUGUCCUCAAGACUGUACUGACUCUGAGAGAGAACAGCCGCGAGGCAGAGAGCACGUUGAAAGCCCUGCAGGAUCGGCUCCACCAGCUCGGUGUGACCCCCGUCGUGACCUCUGACCCUGUUCCGCCAACAAGAGAUCAGCGCUCCAACUCCAAAACCCUCCCGCCACGUCCCGAUUCCCUCAUUCUUGGGGCAGCCAUAAACCACAAGGAAGUGCAGCGGCAGGCGGACGAGCAGCAGCAGCAGCAGCAGCAGCAGCAGCAGCAGCAGCAGCAGCAGCAGCAGCAGCAGCAGCAGCAGGAGGAUGAAGAGGAUGAAGUGGGCGAGGAGGCGGUAGAGAUCACCGACACCGAGCGGACAGUGGAGGGCAGCAGCGGCACUGAGAGCAGGAAGCAGAGCUACGGAGAGCUGGAAGGGACAUACAACAGCGAGUUGGCAAAAGAGGAGCCAGCUGUCGUCAGCUUGGAGUUUGGCGUGGCACGCAUGACCUGCUGAGACCAAACGGGGGGGGGGAUGCAGAGUGAGAGACGCGUGGCUUACUGAAGGCGUGUGUGUGUGGCUAAGAGGAAGCUGAUGACCGGCUGAUUACGCAAUGGUCCUGAGCGGGCGGAGUGAAUGAAGUUGUAUGUGUGUGUGUAUUGUCUAAAGCUCAAUGGAAAGUGUCAUUAUUAUGUUAUAUACUGCACCUAUAGGGGAAAAAAAAGCUUCUUUUUUAUGAAUGUUGAAAAGCACUAUAGAGAACUAAUGAAUAGAAUAAGUGAAUAAAUUCAUCCAAAAAAAGUGACUCUUCCAGUUUGUUCAGCUUUUUAUAUAAUCCGAUGGAUACGACUUUGAUGCUCUCAACAAAUUAUCAUAUUCAUCUAUAUUAAAACCCACAGAAAAUCACUUUUUUGGCUCUGGUAAUAUUUCAUCUCAUCCAAAGGCUUGAAACUGACCUAAUCUGAAUGUCUUUUGGGACCUGAGCUGAUUUAGCUUGAAUGUGGCUGAUUGAUAAAGCCAAAAAUAUCAAAUUCUAAGAUAAUCUAGCACUGGAAACUAUGCUUAGACAAAAUUGUUGUUCACAAUACUAUUUCUGUAAUUAUUUCUGUCUGGGCAAAUUAACUGUAAUGUCCAGACCCUAGAGAGGUUUAGCUGUUAACCGUCACCCUCAUUGAUCAUGUAAUCCUCUUUUACUUCUCACAUAGAUCAGAUAAUCCCAUUCAGUAAAGCGCAUUGAGCCCAGGUUCCUAUUGGUCAUUUCUUUCCGCCUUUGUCAUUGACUGAUUAUUAAUGACGGCUGACCCUGAUCAGGGGUCAUGGAUACAAGGUGUCUAGCAAAUUACAAAUGCUGGACUCCUUUAGGUUAAUUUGACUCGGAUGUAUUUUUAUUUUGAGUCUAUGAUUUUGUUUUAGUUCUUUAACUUUUUAGUUAUUAUUAUAGCUAAUGCUAUACAUGAAAUAUACUGCAGUCAAACAGGAUUUCCUGGAUUAGGAUUAAAUCUCAUCAUUAUCAUUUUUAUACACCCUUAUUUGAACUAGGUCAGUUGUUUCCCCCGGGAUGUGGUUUGUUGAUCUAGCCUGAAUUGCAUAUAUAUUUGCAAGCCAGAAUGUGUGCUUUGGCUCAGCUUUUAA